CUGGUGGAAAUGAUGUCUUUGGAGGAUGAUCGUUAUGAGUACCUCUCACAUUCUUCACCCACCACCGCUGCCGCUCUGUUCUUCCUUUUCCCGGAAAACACACUUCCCCUGCAGUCGGCGCUGCGGUCUCCGUCUCACAAUCUCAACAGGUUCUCAACUCUUUGUUGGUGUAAAAGCACAAUUGUCAGCUUGGGAUGAGAAACCAUAUGAGAUUCUCCCAGGUGGGAAAAUAAGUUACUUGGAUGAAGAAGAUGUAGUUUCAUUCCUUGAUCCUCCUAAGGAGUUGAUCCCUCUUGACCCGGCUUCAUACAAUCCAGCUGCUUAUCUUUGGAAAAAAAUUGAAGACAUACCAGAAGAAAGGCGUCAGCGGUUGCUGCAGUUGCUAAAACCAAGGCUUAUUUCAAGAGCUUGGGAGAUAGCUGGCACAAGAUAUGAUGACCCUAAGUUGGCAGAGAAAAGUGCUUCAAACUUGCCAUCUAACGAUCAUGGUGAAAUGCCACUUGAGUUUUACCAUUGCCGAACAAGUGGAGGUCCAUGGCCCAUCGCUUGGCUCAAUUUCUUUAAGAAGGCUAUAUUUCGCUGUGAUGAUGGGAACACAUAUGGGCGGUUUAUGGGUGAAUCUGUGGUGGCUCAAUUAGCAAAUUUGUUUAGUCCACUGUACUUCGAAGUCAGACAACUCAGGGAAGUAAUGUCAACAGAACAGCCCUGUGAUUUGGCAUAUGAAUUUGGGGAUGGACUUUUGGGUCUCCAACAUUUCCCACAAGGCUUCCCAAAACCAGUAAAACAUCCUUAUCCUUUCAACGAUCAGGUUGUCAUAUAUAUACGUCAUAUUGGUCCGGGAGUCUUAGUAGGUCAAGCAUGGCAAGAAGGGAAAGAACUACAACAAAUACCACAAAAGUUAUGCGGUGAGAUUUUAAUGGUGAAAGAUCAUUCUGCAAAUGCAGAAACAAAGUGAAGAAGUGGUGUUAACCAUUGUAUAUUACAUUUGUUGCUGUUUUCCAAGCUGUUCAGAACUUCUGUAGUGAUCAAGGAUUUCUUUGAAUUUGUCUUGAGGUGUUUGUACAAACUGGUCUUAAUUUAUUAAAACAAAUCUCUUUUUUA